UUCUUACACUUGAACGCAACGAUGAGAGACUUAUUGUAGUCUGCGUGGAAGUGAGAGAGAGAGAGAGAGAAGCGUACAAGUGUUUUGAGGCUUUUGUUCUGCCUUCUUUGAUAUUCUUACCCUGAAUUCUCUCCGACCCUUCGUCAUCCCUGUCUUCUUUCUUCCUAUAUAUACAUAUUUACAUUUACAUAUUGCAUAUAUAUGUAAAGAAUUGAUUUUUACCUACAUAGCUAUAUAGCUCUGUCUCAAUCUAUCUUUUGUUGCAUCUGGGUAUUAUUGGGGUAUGUUCAAGCUCCGUGAAUGCGAUUGUUCUCUUGAAAAGCAACGGAAUUAAUUGCAAUACUGGAUAAUUAAAGGGUUUAUUAUAAGGCCCACGAGAUUUAGAUUGUGGGUCUACUUAAGAAUUCCACGGGAUUUAGAUUUUUUCGAGGCUAGAGGGUAAUAGGAAAUUAGUCUAGAAGAUCAGCCUCGUCUUUGAAAUCAGUUAUAGAGUGGAAUCGAUACUGCAAUAUUAGUUUCUGGUUUUCAUGGUUCAUAAAUCAAGUCGAAGGUCAGUGCUUUGAAGAUAGUUUAUCAGGCUGCUAACAUACAUUAGCUUUACUACUGAGUUCAGAGUUGUGGUGCUGGGCAUCAUUUCUGGCUUAGAAAUCUUGGUGUAGUAAUAGUUUUUGUGCCUAAACCGUUGAAGUAUGACUAGAAGGGUGCGGAGGAGGGUUGCAAGGAGGGGCAACGAGAAAGUGGAUUGCCUGGAGAUUGAUGAGAAUUUGAGUUUGGACAAGAAAGGGGUACUUGAUUGGAUCAGGUUACCUGAUGAUACAGUAAUUCAGCUAUUUUCAUUUCUGAACUAUCGUGACCGAGCUAGCCUGUCAUCAACCUGUCGCUCAUGGAGGAUUCUAGGUAAAUCUCCAUGUUUGUGGGAGGCAUUGGAUCUGCGGCCCCACAAGUGUGACACUGCUGCUGCUGCUUCACUUGCCCCUCGGUGCCAGAAUCUUCAGAAGCUUCGGUUCCGUGGUCUUGAAUCUGCCAAUGCUAUUAUAAAUCUUCGAGCUAGGAAUUUACGUGAGGUUAGUGGUGACUGUUGCAAGAAAAUGACUGAUGCUACCCUCUCCGUGCUUGCAGCCCGACAUGAAGCAUUAGAGUGCCUUCAGAUUGGGCCAGAUUUCUGUGAAAGGAUAAGCAGUGAUGCAGUUAAAGCAGUGGCAAUUUGUUGUAGACAUCUGCAGAAACUUCGGCUCUCAGGUAUUCAUGAAGUAUAUGCAGAUGCUAUCAAUGCUUUGGCAAAUCAUUGUCCAAAUUUAAUAGAGAUUGGAUUCAUUGACUGUCGGAAGGUUGACGAGACUGCCCUGGGUAAUGUUGGAUCAGUUUGCUUCCUCUCAGUUGCCGGUACGACUAAUAUUAAGUGGAAUAUAGUUUUACAGCCUUGGAGUAAGCUGCCUCACUUGACAGGCUUGGAUGUUUCUAGGACUGAUAUCACCGCCAGUACUGUUUUAAGAUUGUUUUCAUCCUUCCGUAGUCUGAAGGUUUUGAGUGCCUUGAGUUGUCCAGCACUUGAGAAUGAUGCCACUUUUGUUUCCAACAACAAUCACAAAGGUAAAGUGUUGCUUGCUGUCUUCACGGACAUUCUUAAAGGAGUAGCUGCCUUAUCUGCCGAUACUACAGAGGAUGAGAGAAAUGUUUUCUUGAAUUGGAGAAAGGUUAAAACCAAGGAUAGGGAAUCAGAGGAGAUCAUGAAUUGGCUGGAAUGGAUCCUUUCUCAUUCGCUUCUACGUGUUUCUGAGGGCAAUCCACCAGGUUUAGAUAAUUUCUGGCUCAACCAAGGCUCAACUUUGUUGCUAAGUUUCAUACAUAGUGCCCAGGAGGAAGUUCAAGAAAGGGCGGCCACAGCUCUUGCAACAUUUGUUGUCAUUGAUGAUGAAAAUGCUAGUAUAGACACUGGAAGGGCCGAAGCAGUUAUGAGAGAUGGUGGCAUACGCCUUCUCCUUAAUCUUGCUAGGUCAUGGCGGGAGGGUCUUCAGUCAGAAGCUGCUAAGGCCAUUGCAAACCUGUCGGUGAAUGCUAAUGUUGCAAAAGCUGUGGCAGAGGAAGGAGGGAUCAGUAUUCUUGCGAAUCUUGCCAGGUCUGUCAAUAAAUUAGUUGCAGAAGAGGCUGCCGGAGGACUGUGGAAUCUUUCUGUUGGUGAAGAGCACAAGGUUGUUUUUUUGUUAUUUUACAUUUUCAUACGAUUUCCUGCUUUAUUUUUAAAAUUUGAUAGUUCAGAUUUCUUCCAGGGUGCUAUUGCUGAAGCUGGUGGUGUAAAGGCUUUAGUUGAUCUCAUCUUCAAAUGGUCAGGGUCCACUGGUGGUGAAGGAGUUUUGGAACGUGCUGCUGGAGCAUUGGCAAAUUUGGCAGCAGAUGAUAAAUGCAGCAUGGAAGUUGCUUCAGUGGGUGGUGUCCGUGCUUUGGUGACACUUGCUCGAAAUUGCAAGUUUGAAGGAGUGCAAGAGCAGGCAGCUCGUGCCUUGGCAAAUUUGGCUGCCCAUGGAGAUAGCAAUGGUAACAAUGCUGCUGUUGGACAAGAGGCAGGAUCUCUUGAAGCUCUUGUACAACUCAUCCGCUCUCCUCAUGAUGGUGUUAGGCAAGAAGCUGCUGGUGCAUUAUGGAAUUUAUCCUUUGAUGACAGAAAUCGAGAAGCCAUUGCAGGAGCUGGUGGCGUUGAGGCAUUGGUAGCUCUUGCACGGUCCUGCUCAAAUGCUUCUCAUGGCCUUCAGGAGAGGGCUGCUGGUGCUCUGUGGGGAUUGUCUGUCUCGGAAGUUAAUAGUAUUGCGAUUGGCCGUGAAGGAGGUGUGGCACCACUAAUAGCAUUGGCACGAUCAGAUGCCGAGGAUGUCCACGAGACUGCUGCAGGAGCUCUUUGGAAUCUUGCUUUUAAUCCUGGCAAUGCUCUUCGUAUUGUAGAGGAAGGAGGGGUUCCUACUCUAGUUCAUCUCUGUUCUUCUUCUGUAUCAAAAAUGGCACGAUUCAUGUCUGCAUUGGCACUGGCAUACAUGUUUGAUGGAAGAAUGGAUGAAAUUGCCCUGACAGGGACAUCCACAGAAAGCACUUCUAAGAGUGUAAGCCUUGACGGUGCUAGGAAAAUGGCUUUAAAAAACAUUGAAGCUUUUAUCCUGACCUUUUCUGACCCACAAGCAUUUUCUGCCGCUGCCGCAUCAUUAGCUCCUACAGCACUGACACAAGUGACAGAAUCUGCUCGGAUUCAAGAAGCUGGUCAUCUAAGAUGCAGUGGGGCUGAGAUUGGAAGAUUUGUUGCAAUGCUACGAAAUCCUUCUGCUAUACUAAAAGCAUGCGCCGCGUUUGCUCUUCUUCAGUUUACCAUCCCUGGUGGCCGGCAUGCACAGCAUCAUGUAGGUCUUCUGCAGAAUGCUGGAGCACCAAGGGUGCUGCGUGUGUCAGCAGCAGCAACAGGUGCUCCGCUGGGAGCCAAAAUUUUUGCACGCAUUGUUCUCCGAAAUCUGGAGCAACAUCACACGGGAUCUUUGGUCUGACGAGUAUCUGAUAAUCACAAUUCCACAGGAAUGGAUGUUUGAGUGAUCGAAAAAAAUGGUACGGGAAACAGUCUCAAUUUAUCACUGUAGGUCCAAUGGAUUGCCUUUGAGCUUUCACCUUGUUGGUUUUCUUGCUCUAUAUAAGCUCUUCCUAAAGAGCUUGCAAUUCUGCCACCAAAUAAGAUUGUUAGCAUAGUUUGUGUGAUUUUUUCUUCUACACUUUUCAAUAUUUCUCAUUUCAGUUGUAAACAUGACAUUUGUGCAUAUGCUUUUACCUUGUGAAACUGGAACUGGAAACUUUCUGGGCUGCUACUGUUUUGAUGUUAAGACUUGCAUCACAUUCUAGGUGCCUCGUUCGAUGGCUUUUGCCAGCUUCU